AUGAACCACGCAUCCGUCCCUCAAGACCUGGAGAAGGCGCCCCUCGCCCUUGCUCCCGGCGGGCAGCACACGCCUCCUCGCUACCAAGCGGUUGCCGAGGGCGUGUACUACCAGCCUCCCUUCGUUCAGGACCACCCCAGGAAUGUCCGCAGGCGACGCUUCUGGCAUUUCCUUGCCUGCUCCAUUCUCGCCAUGACGGCCUUUCAUCUUUUCAUCCACCCUCACCAUUUCAAGCAUCUCUUCGGCGAAUCGGAUCUGGUUCCUCAGGCCCACGCUCGCCCCUCUGGUGGACAGAUCGCCGAGCCCCGCGACUGCUACGAAUACGCUUCCUGGACCGAAACCCACCCCCACGAGAAUUUACACUACCCUUACCAUGCGACCACGUCCUUCGAGCUCCCGAUCGACGCCGCUGAACUGCUCUUCACGUCGUCCGGCCCGUACCACAGCGGCGUACUAGACGUAACUCAGUCGUCCGACGUGCCCGCAGACAAGGCUAUCGUCGAGGUUGAUGUCCACUACUACCUGCCCGAGGUCUUCGAGGACGCGACGACUCCUGAUCCGCCUCCUCACCGCAACCCGCACCGCGAGUGGCAGCUCAACUUCGCUGUUCGCGUCCGCCUCCCGGAGGGCUCGACGGACUCACCGCUCAAGGUGAACACGCUCAAGACGUUGAUGCACAACUUCGCCCUGCACCUGCACGAGCUCGCCUCCACCGUGUACUUUGACAACGUCGACCUCAGCACGCACAACGGGCCGAUCACCCUCGAUCGUAGUCUAGUCUCUGACCGGCAACGUCUUGUCGUUCUCGUCCUCGAACGGCCCGAUCCGCGGGACCUGAGCGCGCUCAGCUCUCUCAACGUCCACACGUCGAACGGCCCAAUCAUUGUUCACGGCAAGGUCUUCAACGGCGGUGACGACGCACCCACCACCAACAUCUCCCUCAGCACCUCCAAUGGCCAGAUCGACGGGGGGCUCAGCCUGCUCUCCAACGCAUCCUCGGGUACCGGCGGCGCCUUCUCCGUGAACGCGCGCACCUCCAACGGCCCGCUCGCGCUCACGGUCCACGAGAUGCCGGUGGACGCGCGCCUCGGCGCGAUCGCGCACACGUCCAACUCGCGCGCGCGCGCGUCCCUGCCCCCCGCGUUCGAGGGCACCUUCGCCCUCCGCUCGUCCGCGUUCUCGCGCCCGGUCGUGCGCCAGACCGACGUCGAGGACCCCGCGGGCCGCGGGCGCCGCCGCGUUCUGCACCAGACCGUCGCGCGCCGCGGGGAGACGAAGGGCACGGUCGUGUGGGAGGGGAACGCGGAGGAGAAGGGCUCGUUCGUGCUCGAGACGUCCAACGGGCCCGUCGAGCUUACGCUCUGA